AUGAUUGGAACACCGUCGAAUUUAAAUUCAAUUGAUAUAUCAUUGAUUCCAAGUGGAUGUUUAAAAGCAGAAUUUGAUUCAACAUAUCCAGUUACUCUUAAUGGAAUAAUUAAUCAAAAUGAAUUUCAAGAAUCAAUUCAUAGAAUAAAUCAUACAUUAAAGUCAAAGAAAACUGGUUUAAUCAUUUAUACAAUGAUGUUUAUUUUGGCUUUAACUGGUGGAACAAUAUGUUUUAUAGUUGCUGGAGGAACAUCAAUUACUUCACCUAGAAAUACAUUUUAUAUUUUAAUGGCUAUUGGAAUUCUUUCAACUAGUAUUGGAACAAUAAUUUUCAGUGUUGGAAUGUACCUAGUACAUUCAAGACAAAUGAAAAAAAUGCGACAAGUUGUUGCUGAAGAAUCAAUGAAAUACUCUUCUCGAUCACCAAUUCCAUGUAGUUGGAGAUUAAAUGUUAUUCGAAACUGGAAUCGAGGAUUUGGUUAUCGUAAUAAUCAGCCAGCUUAUAAUUUAGUCAUUGAUAUCGGUAAUUCUGUUAAUGCAAUAAAUGGAAAUGUAGUAUAUUAUUCAAAUCAAACUCCUUCAGAUCCAACAGCAUAUUUUGGAGGACACAAUGAUUAUACUCCUCCACCUUAUUCUGCACAAUUGGCUAGAGAAUUAUGUCCUCAAUGUAAUACACCAAGACAAGAUCUUACUACGAAAGUUUGCACAUCAUGUGAACAUCCAUUUAAUAAUUAUUAA